GUCGGAGAACCAUUCAGUCGUUGAGUAUCGUUCGCUGUGCGCGCAUCACGCCAUUCACCCACACCCACUUUUCACUUUUGCUGUGUGUACAUUUGAAGAAUAAGAAUAAAGCAGUGUAAUUGCGCUCGCGAGUGUAGUUGUGACAGUACACACGCGCCCAAAAAAAAGAAGAGUAAAAAGAAAGCAACUUUGUGACCUUGCACCUUAAGAAAAACAAAGGUUUCCAAAAGCGCCGCCGCCUUUGACCCGAGGUCAGCUGUCACUUUCCAUACAAAAACAGCACCAAAUUUCGCGAAAAAUGGCCGACAGUGCAAACAAGCGCAACAUUCCGAUCAAGCUCGGCGACUUUAGCGUCAUCGACACGGAGUUCUCCUCGAUCCGGGAGCGGUUCGACAGCGAGAUGCGAAAGAUGGAGGACGAGAUGGCCAAGUUCCGGUCGGAGCUGAUGAACCGGGAGUCGAACUUUUUCGAGACCACGUCCAGUUUUUCCACCAAAAAGACGGCGACGUCCAGCAGCACCACCACAUCGAACGCCGCGUCCGCGCUGAGGCAACCACAGACCAGCAGCAGCAAUACACAGGUCCAGGACAUCAACUCGCCACUGAUUCAGGAGGAUGGUGACAACAAGGUGCUGAAGCUGCGAUUCGACGUCAGUCAGUACGCUCCGGAGGAGAUCGUGGUCAAGACUGUUGACCAGAAAUUGCUGGUCCACGCCAAGCACGAGGAAAAGUCCGAUACCAAGUCCGUGUACAGGGAGUACAACCGGGAGUUCCUGCUGCCGAAGGGAUGCAACCCGGAGCUGAUCAAGUCCUCGCUCAGCAAGGAUGGAGUCCUGACGGUGGACGCGCCCCUUCCGCUGCAGGCUCUGACCGCCGGUGAAACCAUGAUUCCGAUUGGCCAUCAUUAAGAAAAAAAAAAAAACAUUUUAGCGUCAGAAUUACCGUCAUUAUUUAAAGGAAUGAAAGUAAAGGAAGAGAAAGAAGCCAAGCCACAACUUAAUAAAAAAAUGCCAGUCAGUGUUAAAUUUUUUGAACGUCGUGUCACAUCGAAGAUUUUUUGAAAGAAGAAAAAAAAAAUUCAGCCAUAUUGAUGCGUAGGAACGUGCUUUUACAUGUACUCAAACGAAAAGCUGCAAUUCGCCAAGAUAUUACAAUUAGAGGUGCACACACAUCACUUAUUAGAGGCAACCACACUUACUCACACAAACAGACACUCUUUUCCCGCCCCGAUGUUUUUUGAUACAAGAUAUUAAACAAAUGUGAUAAGCUAGACAAGCGCGAGCGCACACAACUACUUAAAAAAAUGGAAAUUUUUAACACUCAAGCAACAACCGAAAAAAAAUCAACAACAACAAAUACAGGUGGCCUUUACCACUCAUCUUGAAAAAUAUUCGAAAAUUCACUCACACAGCCAUAACAAUCGAGCGCUACAACGAUUACACUCACACAAGCAAGAAACAAAACCAACCAAUCAGGAGGCAGCAACUGAACUUUUUAUGAAAUGACGUCACAAGUUGGAGAUAUUUGCGCUAGGCAAAAGGCAAUGAGGAAAAAAGGUCAGACUACAAUCGUUUUUUGUGUAAUUGUGCUUUAUUUAUUUUAUAUAAACGUAAAAUCCGAGAGUUUAAGGAAUUAAAAUCAAAAUCCGUAGAGGAAAAA